AUGGCAACUGGAACUAUUUCUCUUAGAAAACCAUGUGCUGAGGGUCAUUGUAUUUUUAGAAACAAAAAAGAUGGGGUCACUAUUGUUAUGGAAAAAUGGAAAGAUAGUUUACUUCGUGUAAUUUUUUUACAAGAUGAUAAAAUUAUUCAUGCUCCAUCUGAAUACAAAUAUGAAUAUAAUCUUGGUGAUAAAGUUGAUACAUAUAGAAAAACUUCUGAUAUUGAAGGAAUUAUUUGCUGGAUUUUUGUAUGA